AUGCGAGGGGUUAGGGGUGAUUUGUCGUUUGAGGGCUUGAAGAAGCUGGUUGAAGAAGUUGUUAGGGUAAACUCAAAAAUGGACAAGAUUGAGUUACAUGCAUUAAUCAAUGAUGCACAUUGCUUUGUAGUUAAACCUAUCAACCGAGUGGAGUUCGAAGUUAAAGACAGGAAGAUGGACGGACUUGUAAACCUGUCGAAGAAUACGUGUUCAUGUUGUGAGUUCCAAACAAAUUUGCUUCCAUGCAGCCAUGCCAUUGCAGCAAUAAGUAAAUGCAAACAUGAAGCCGUUGAAUUCUGCGCUGACUAUUACAAGACAAUCAUUUUGGUUGAGGGUUAUGCAGGGUCCAUUCCCCCGAUAGGCCAUCCUAGUGAGUGGGACAUCCCCCUUCAUAUGAAACAAAUUGUGGUGUUGCCACCAGCUUGGCGAUGCUAA